UAGUAGUACUAAAGAAACACAGCUACAGCAUUUGUUAUCAUCCCCAACGAUUCCAGCGUCGAGGGAAGUGUCCGACUGAUCCUCUUGGCACAAGAAGUAAACAAAACAUAAACGAAUCUAGCAAGUUUCAUGUAAUUUGAACUUCAACAAUUUGACCAGAUGCCGCCCAGAAAAGGACUCCUUGCUCCGCAAAAUACUUUCCUGGACACCAUCGCUACUCGGUUUGAUGGCACCCAUAGCAAUUUUGUGUUGGGAAAUGCACAAGUUCCUUCAGCUUAUCCGAUUGUGUACUGCUCUGAUGGAUUCUGUGAACUGACUGGUUUCUCUAGGGCCCAGAUCAUGCAGAAAAGCUGUGCUUGCAUUUUCUUGUUCGGUCCUGAGACAACUAAUGAAGACAAAGAACAAAUUGAAUGGGCGCUGAGUAACAAAACGGAGCUGAAACUGGAAGUGGUGUUCUAUAAGAGAAAUGGCAGUCCUUUCUGGUGUCUUUUGGACAUUGUUCCCAUUAAAAACGAGAAGCACGAAGUGGUUUUAUUUCUUGCUUCUCAUAAGGAUAUUACGAAGACCAAGAUAGCUGAAAUGGAAAUGAAGGACACGUACGACAGUGAAGAUGCCAACGGUAACCUCGACCCUGAGGGAUGCUUACCCACUAACAACUACCAACGUCGUAGAAGUCGUGCUGUGCUUUACCAAUUAUCUGGCCAUUACCGUCAAGACAAGAUGAAAUCCAAGCUCAAGUUGAACAAUAACCUCCUUCAUUCAACUUCCCUUCCAGAAUACAAAACUGCAGCCGUAAAAAAUUCCAAAUUCAUUGUUUCCCAUUAUGGUGCUUUUAAGACAUGCUGGGAUUGGCUAGUCCUUGUUGCCACUUUUUAUGUUGCCAUCGUUGUGCCCUACAGUGCUGCGUUUCGGGACAACAAUGAAAGUCCAUCUAGGAACAAGACAAUCAUAUGCGACGUGAUUGUUGAGGCUUUUUUCAUUAUAGAUAUCGCUAUCAACUUUCGUACAACAUUUGUCAGCAGGAAAGGAGAAGUGGUAGCAAAGCCGAAAUCUAUUGCUGUACAUUACGCCCGAAGCUGGUUCAUUGUUGACCUCUUGGCUGCUUUACCGUUUGACCUGUUGUAUGCUGCAAAUCUGUACAGUAGGAACACUUUGAUGCACUUACUCAAGCUAACCCGCCUGCUUCGCCUGGCUCGACUGCUUCAGAAAAUGGACAGAUAUUCUCAAUAUAGUGCCAUCAUUCUUACUUUGUUGAUGCUAAUGUUCUCCCUAGUCGCUCAUUGGAUGGCCUGCGUCUGGUACGUCAUUGCACUGGAAGAGAUAGAUGCUAAUCCAAUCCAAUGGGAUGUAGGAUGGCUACAUCAGUUAUCGAAUAAAUUAGGCAACGACUUUGUGAAUUAUACAGAUACAGCUACUGCCUACAUUACAGCUCUGUAUUUCACCACGAGUAGUCUUACCAGUGUAGGAUUUGGUAACGUGUCUGCCAACACAAACACAGAAAAAGUGUUUUCCAUACUCACUAUGCUUAUAGGUGCUUUAAUGCAUGCUGUGGUUUUUGGGAAUGUGACAGCUAUUAUUCAACGUAUGUACUCCCGGCGAUCUCAGUAUCAAACAAAGCUUAGAGAUUUGAAGGACUUUUUCAGAUUACACCAAAUAUCAAAGCAGCUGCGACAGAGGAUGUUAGACUACUUCCAAACCACGUGGUCACUAAACCAUGGAAUUGAUCCAAAUGAAGUUUUACGGGAGUUUCCUGAUGAGCUUCGAGGUGAUGUUUCCAUGCACCUGAAUAAAGAAAUACUUACUUUACCCUUAUUUGAGACAGCCCCUCAGGGUUGUCUGAAACAAUUGUGUCGACACAUUAAGAGUAAUUUCUGUGCACCAGGCGAGUAUUUAGUGCACAAAGAAGAUGCACUGGUAUACAUUUAUUUUGUGUGCAACGGUUCAAUGGAGGUGUUACAGAACGGCAUGGUUGUCGCCAUUUUGGGAAAAGGAGACGUAGUAGGAUGUGAUAUUUCUCCCAAUCUAAAUGAAACUUUUAUCAAAUCCAGUAGUGACGUCAAAGCCCUGACCUACUGCGAUUUAAAAUGUAUUUAUAUCCCUGGUCUGGCGGAGGUUCUCAAAUUAUAUCCUGAAUUUGCUGAAAGUUUCUGUCAUGAAAUUUUACACGACCUGACUUUCAACCUUCGGGAAGGCUAUGAAAACGAGCAAGAAGAUAACAACGGGAUUCACUCUCUUACACUUCCGUCGAUUUCCGAGGACGACGAAGACGAUGAUAGUGACGGCACGACGCAGGCUUCACCAUUGAUGUCGCCAGUUGCAUCUUCAACUAAAGGGGCUUGUCGCUUUGUAGUAAUAGGAGAUGAAAAUUCUGAUAAAAAACUGAAGAUUAAUGAGUCUUCAACUCCUCACGUUCGUCGACCAAUCUUCACGCGCCCAGCUUGUAGGAAUGAAAAGCUUGGAGCUGCAGCCACUCAUCCAAACCUCGGACGGUCUUUGGAAUUGUUCGAGCUACGAGAUGAAGUAGAAACAACCAGAAGCAGUGUUGAGAGGUUAGACAACCAGGUAUCUGUACUGACACGCGACGUAACAACUUUGAGUCAAGAAGUAAGGACUACUAUCUCUUUGUUACAACAACUGUGCUCUUUUGGCGGACUAAGGCCCCUAUCAUCUCAAUCUUGUGAUAUACCUAUAAAUAUGAACACCAGUGCCGCACCAGUUCGAAGUUUGAGUCAACCAAUAGGAUUAACAUCAGUAGAUGCUCAACAAACAUCCAAAAGUUUGAGUAACAAGAAAACGUGUGGGACACAAACUGACCGGUACCUUCUUCACUGUUUCUUGGGAAAAAUUGGUGAUUAUAGUUCACCGCCACCCAAUUCCGGUUAUUCAUCUUGUUCUUCGAAUGAUGAACGAGUCCGUUUUAUCGUUGGAAACGUGGCUACAAGAGGGAAGGAUGACUGUGAAAGUGUAUCAGAUGAUAGCGUUUUGAGAAACUCGUUCCUGCUAAGUAGCACCAAUUCUCCACGAGAGCUUAACUCCUCUUAUCGGUUGAACGUAUCAUGGAAUACACCAGAGAGCGAGACACCCGAUUCUUUGGCGUCUCCAAAAUCGCCAGAACGUUCAACCACAAAAGAAGCCCAAAGUCUAACGAACGAAGAGGCAAAUGAGGAGACAGUCUCGAUAAGAAGACAGCUUUCCACCGAAUGUUAGUAGUAGAACCAGAGACAGAGAGAGAAAAGUCCCUUGUUUAUAAACACAAUCUCAUCAGAAAAAAAAUGAAAGUGUGAUUGUAUAAGGUCUCUAAAACUCAUAUAAAGGUGACCAAACUUAACAUGCUUCUUAAAAUAAAGUUUAACGUUUUAAAUCAUUUCAACUUAAAUGAGUAGGCAGAAGACAGUGGAACUGAAAGUUAUCAUUUAUUCCUUGCAACACAUGAAUUGAUUAGCUAUAGAUAUCAUAAAAAAUCAGCACUGAUAGAGGUUGUUAGCGCUUCCAGCCAACUUCAACUAGGGAAUUUAAUAAAGUAAAAUAAUUACACGUUACACCUUUUCUGAUAAAUCUAAAUAAAUAUUUGUAUGUACAAUCAUGACGCAUGUUUAAGAUAUCCAGCUGGGACAUGAAAUGUCAGCUCUGUAGCUGGAUAUCAU